UGUUGGAAAUUCCCAUUUCAUGAGAUAGUGAGGACCAAUUAUGGCUGAUAAGCUACAUGAGUAUCAGGGUGUAACAGGCCGGCUGCACGGGGUCAGGGAUAAGUGUAAAGAAAAGUGGUCGCAAUGGAAAGAGGAGCAUCCGAAAGGAGUGAAGGAGACUUUUAAGGAUUCUCUGUUUGGGAUCCCUCAUUCUGAAGGCCCAGGGAGAGUCUGGCAGGAAAGCGUGUAUAGCGAUAUAUUUAGAAGGAAAAGUCGGAUCGAGCUGAUGAGAAUAUCAGCGGCGGUCAUGGGCAUCGAGUUCUCAUACGCCGGCGAGACCGCGUUCGUCUCCCCGACCCUCCUCCAGAUCGGGGUGCCCCACCAGCAGAUGACGCUAGUGUGGGCCCUGUCCCCACUUGUGGGCUUCUUUAUGACGCCGCUGCUGGGCUCCAUCAGUGAUCGGUGUCGCUCGCAGUUCGGGAGGAGGAGGCCGUUCAUUGUUAUGAUGUCUAUUGGCGUUUUAUUAGGGUUAAUUUUAGUGCCAAACGGCGAGGCCAUAGGAUACGCGCUUGGCGACGAGAGGCCGGCCAACCGCACGGAAGCACCCUCGGUUCUCGGCCCACGGAGUUCCAUCCUGGAGUCCACCGACACCAACUAUCAUCCUUGGGGUGUGCUAUUUACGGUGCUUGGAACGGUCUUUUUGGAUUUUGAUGCUGAUGCCUGCCAAAGUCCCGCGAGGGCUUACUUGCUGGAUGUCACGGUGCCAGAGGAUCAUGCAAAGGGACUUAGCACAUUCACGAUAAUGGCGGGCUUAGGCGGCUUCAUGGGCUACGCCCUCGGCGGCAUUAACUGGGAUGAAACGCGAUUAGGGGAGUUAUUUGGAGGCCACGUCAGAGCAGUGUUUUCUCUGAUCACCGUGAUCUUCGUGGUGUGUGUGGCAGCCACCGUGACCAGCUUCAAGGAGAUUCCUCUCGACGAGCUGCAGGAUCAGGAAGAGUUCAGGAAGCUGGCGGAGACGGAGAGGGUGCAGGAGAGCUUUGAUGCUGGAGACGAGCCCGUGAAGAGCUUGAAGCGAGACAACACCACGUAUGGCUCGUUGAAUCAACCGGCUGAGGGCGAUGACCAGAACGGUCCAAGCACCAACGUACCAGAAAGCAGUCACGGCGAGCACCUGUCCCUGCGGCACUAUCUCCGCUCCAUCGUGGUGAUGCCGUCCUCACUCCGAGUGGUGUGUCUCACCAACUUGUUCUGCUGGAUGGCUCAUGUCUGCUACUCACUGUACUUCACUGACUUCGUGGGUGAGGCGGUGUUCGGUGGGAACCCUGCUGCGCCAGUCGGCUCAGAAAGCCGAGUGCAGUACGAGGCUGGAGUGCGCUUCGGGUGCUGGGGCAUGGCUAUGUACUCUCUGUCAUGCGCCUGCUAUUCCACCGUCAUAGAGAAACUCAUCAAGAGACUGGGGGCUAAGAAAGUGUACGUUGGCGGGUUAUGCACGUACAGCUGCGGUAUGUUCAUGUUGUGCGCGAUCAGGGCGCGCGCAGCCGUCAUACUGUUCAGCUGGACGGCGGGCGUCAUGUACUCCACGCUUUUUACCAUGCCCUACCUACUGGUGGCGCAUUACCACGCCACUGGCACGUGGGACAGCGCCGGUGGUGGCAGCGGCGAUGCUCGCGGGCUAGGCACUGACGUGGCGGUGGUGAGCAGCUGUGUGUUCGUGGCCCAACUGCUGGUGUCGGUGCUGAUGGGCUUGGCCGUGACCGCCUCCGGAUCCACAGCAGCUGUCGUCGCCGUCGCCGCCGCGCUGGCCGCCGCCGCCGCCUUCACUGCAACCAAGAUCACUUACUUAGACCUAUAAGAUUA